AUGCAGCAGGGGAGGACGAGGAGCCGCCCGCGCAUCGCCGGCGCCCGGCCGGGGCCCUCCUCCUCGCCGUCGCGGCGUGGCGGGAGCAGCGGCGGCGAGGGCGCCGGACGGGGGCUCCGGCUGCACCGGCUGCCGGUGCAGCUGGCGCAGGGGCCGCGGCCGCGGAGGCGGGCCGACGGGAAGAGGGCGCUCUGGUGGCGCGACGACGCCCGCGUCCACCCCGUGACCCAUCCGCCUUCCCCGCCGCCGCCGCCGCCGCUCGACCGCCCGCACACCUGCUACGACGUCCUCGCGCCGGACUCCCCCUUCGCCUCCUCCUCCCUGCUGCUGCUGCCGCCCGAUCGUCGCACGCCAUGGGAGGAGGCCAAGGUGGUGGUGAACGUGACGGUGGAGGGGAGCCCGGGGCCGGUGAGGGCGAUGGUGAGCCUCGGCUCCAGCAUCCGGGACGCCAUCGCCGCGGUGCUGGAGCGGUACCACCGGGAGGGGAGGAGCCCCCGGCUGGACCCGGCCUCCGCCGACUCCUUCCAGCUACAUCACUCUCACUUCUCCCUCCAGAGUUUAAACAAGAACGACAAGAUGAGCGAAGUGGGCGGCAGAAAUUUCUACCUGCACAAAAACGACGGAAGCAACGGGCUUGUACCUCACAGGGAACAGGAGGCGGGUGUGCAUUCAGGUGGUGGUGAAACUACAGAGAGCCGUGGAGGGCAGCUUGCCGGUGUCCCAUACCACCACCAGCUCCUCGCCAUUGUCAUGAAGAAGCUGGAUAAAAUCGGCAGGCGGACCAAGAGGAUUUGGAGGCUCCUGACCUGUGACUGCACAUGA